AUGUCCAACGGCAUGGAAGACUCAUUAAACGAAAACGAUCUUUUAUUCCAAUCUUAUUACCAAGAAUUACAGCUCAUCUUUAACAAUGUUGAUGCAUCUGUUAUUAAAACUGCAAUUCUCGAUUAUAAAGAAUGGGAUGCAAUUGUCCAAGCUCUCAUUCAAAAAGAUGAUAAAAAAGAUCGGUUUCUUGAUCAAAAUGAACAAGAAUACGAAGAACCUGAGCGUCAAACCUCAAACUUACAAUUCGGUUUUCCUACGAACGCUACAGUCUUUGAAACGCAAUGUCGCUUAUACUUACCAGAGUCCCUUAUCUCAAUUGAUAUGGACUUGGAUUUGUUCGGUAAUUUCGAACAAUCAGAUAUUAAAGCUUUACAGCAAAAGCCUUACAUAGCACAAUCGAUAAACGCAGCUGCAAUGGUGCCAUCACACAUUCCAGCACGUGCUAGCAGCGGCCAAAUGUUUUGA